AUGAAGUUUGAUCAGACGGAUUUUUAUCAAAUCCUAUCUCAGAAUAAGGAGACCGACCAGGCUGAGGAGGUAACUGGCUGCCAACAAACUGGAACAUGUAAGCAGUAUCAAUCCAUUCGUGCAGUAGAUGGAAACAUUACCACGUGUACAAGGACUGACAAAAUUGGAACACCACCAGCAUUUCCAGUUAAAUGGACAUGGUGGUACAUUAACCUUGAGAAAGUACUCAGCAUUUACAGCAUCAGAAUACAGUUCAAAGACUAUGGAGAACAAUCUGUCAUGCGACAAAGAGGACGUUUUGCUGGUUUUUCGCUCUAUGUGUCAAACACAACUAGAAAGGAGGAUGGGUAUCUGUGUUACAAGAAUGGACAGGAGUUACCGACCUUGGAUUUCAGUACAACUUGUGUCAAACAUGGACGUUACGUUAUAUUUUACAAUGAAAGAUUAGACGGAACAACUUAUCCUACCGGAUAUGAAACAUACUCAGUUUACACAGAAUUAUGUGAAGUAACUGUAACAGGUUGUAAAGAAUCCGGUGUGUAUGGAUAUAACUGUGAUCUACCCUGCCCAAACAACUGUCAGGAAUUGAGAUGUGACAUUGUCAACGGAGCGUGUUUGGGUUGUACUGCAGGAUGGAUGGGAGAGUUUUGUAACAAAUCAUGUCCAGCUGGAUAUUACGGUUUACAGUGCAAAUCACAGUGUACUGGACACUGCAGAGACAACCUGUCCUGUAACCACACCACUGGACAAUGUGACUAUGGCUGUGGCAAUGGAUGGACAGGAACACAUUGCAACACACAGUGUCCUGCAGAAUCAUACGGUCCGGAUUGUAGGUAUAACUGUAGUGGACAGUGUCUGAGUUACCUCCCCUGUAACAGGACAACAGGAAGAUGUGAUGGAGGCUGUAAUCCAGGAUAUACCGAGGAACUCUGUGACAAAGUGUCAAGUCCUCACUAG